UAUUAAAUCUCAUCUUGUCUUUUAAAACAGAAGAGUUGUCACUCUGCUCAAGCACAGUUUUUCGGUCUGGUGUAAAGAAUGGCAUGCAAACAAGAAGGUAAACUGCUCUCAUCUCGUCGCAGGACUCAUGAGACCUCGGAGGUCCAGAGCACUCGAGUGUUGCUGCAGGUCAGCUCACUAUGCAGCACCGCUUCACACAGGAUUCUCAAGGAAGAGAUGAACGAGCAGAAUAGAUCACUUCAGGAGCAGCUCAUGGACAAAGAUCAGCACAUCACUAAGCUGCAGGAUGCACUUCAGUGCGAGAGGGAGAAGAACUCUAAGUUGCUCUCCCGCUGUAACCAGCAGGCGGUUGAGUUAAAGCGGCGAGAGCAGCUCGUCAACAGGAUGAGGGAGAAGCUCUCGCAGUUCACAGACAGACACCGAGACCGGGGAGUUUCUAUGGAGAUCAUGAACGCUCUUCCUAAACCAUCAGCUCAGAGGGAGUCGGCACCCCGGAGUGCACGAAAUGAUGGGAGAAAAGAGGAGGCGCUGCAGUUAAUGCUGGAGAGGAGGGAAGCUGAGCUCCGGGAGGCCAUGAAGCUGCGACACAGCCUCACCACGCUACUGCACACGCUCAGAACCGACAUGCAGCAGACGCUAAAGGAGAUCCUGGACCCCGAGGUGGAGAAGACGGACACGAGCAGGCUGGUCCAAUCAGAGCAGUCGCUUGGUGAUCAUGUGACGGGGGGCGUGUUCCUGGAGUGGACGCACGUGCAGAAGAAGCUGAGGGAGCUGCAGUCGCAAAGCCCAGCUGCAGUAGGAACAGACCAGGAGAAACUCCUGGCUCAGCUUGAAGAAGAGCUGGAGCAGAGCAGAGAGCUGGUCCGAGUACAGCAGCAGCUACUGCAGGACAGUGUAUCCGCUCCUCUCCCAGACCCUCUGAUCGACUCCUACUACCUGGAGGAGUGGGAGCGGCUUCAGGACAAGUGGACCGAGUUCAACAGGCAGUGCCGAAGCUUCCAGCAGGAGAGGCAGGCCUUCACCGACGCCGCGAUCCGACUGGGCCGAGAGAGAUGCGAGUUUGAGCAGCAGAAGGCGUCUCUGUUGAAGCAGCAGUUCCUCAGCACAUCUCCAGUUAUAAAGACUUCACGCUCCAACAGGAGAGAGAGCACAGCGCUCAGUGACAUACAGGUAGGAACGAUGGCUCCAGAUCGUCUCUCUCUCUCGCCCUGUGUCACUCCAUCCCCUGAGGGGUCAGAGGUCGCGCCUUGGUCAGGUCAGAACACGGUUAUGACCCCCAACACCCCUGAGCUCUACUGUGUACUACAACUGCCAGUUUAUUGCCGGGAAAGUGCGAGUCCACCAGCUGAGACUUGGGUGAAGGAGACACGGAGAGGUGACUUCAGUCUGGACAAGCAAAACGUAGACAACUGGACCUUUUAAGUGUGUGUGUGUGUGAAAAUUAUGGUGCAUUCUGACUAAAUAAAGUCAUUGAAAGUCA